UUCCUGUGCGCGCGGUUUCUUCCUCCCUCCCUUCAUCUCUCUCUCUCGCUCUCACUCGCUUACCCUGUCCCUCCCUUUCCCUUCUCUCCUCCUCGAUCAGAUUUAAGAGAUUAACUUUUCCAAUUAUUCGCGGCCACCAAUUUACCUUUAACAGCGAACAGUACUUCACGGGCGGCGUUGUCGGCCGCUUACACGACGCCCGAAUGUCCCUCCUCGCUUUGCAGGAAUUGAUUGUCUGCGUCGUUUUCGUCGCUGUCGCUGUUAAGAGCUUCCCCAGGAUGUACGAGGAAAAUGCGGUGGAGGAAGACAACGACGAGGAACGGACCGCGGAUAUAGAUCGCAACGGGCAUGGCGGUCACGACCACGCGUACUCGUAUCAUCAUUUUCUCGGACCGGUAAUGGGCCAUCACGAGGAGAUAGCUUGGAAAGAUAAACAUGGGCACCAUCAUCACGACUACAAGGCUCAUCCUAAGUACAAAUAUUCCUAUGGCGUGGACGAUCAUCAUACCAAGGACCAUCAUGGACAGAAGGAACACCGCGAUGGCAAACAUGUGGAAGGCGAAUAUCACAUCCAUGAGCCCGGCGGUAAUGUCAGGAGUGUAAAAUAUCAUGCUGAUCCUCACGGCGGGUUUUAUGCCGAAGUUCAUAACUACGGCGGGAACGAUCAUUCAGGUGGCACGUACGGCGGUCAUAAACAUCGAUAGUUGAAUGAUACCAUAAUGAAUAAUUAUCGAUAAAAUGAUUAAUGAAAAAGCUAAGGGUGACUAACGGGGAUAACAUUAUAAGCGAGCCUGCAUUCGGUACAAACGCGAUCGUAGCCAAUAUAUUGUUAAAUGUUUUUACAUUUUGUGAAUUAUAUAUGUGUUGUUGAAAUAAUUGUUAAAUAA